GUUUUAAAGCACUGGUAUGGAUGAUCGUUAAGAAAUAAAUGAAUCAUAAAUUAUUUAGUCAUCUUCUAAUCAAAAUUUGGUGAAAAGUUUUGUCUGUUAAAUUAUUAUUUCUGAAGGUUUUUGGGUAAAUUAGCAAUACCCCUAUCUGCAGAGAUAUUUAUGAGUUUGACCAUGUCUUCUCGUAAAACUGCUGGUCGCCGCGCCACUACAAAAAAGCGAGCACAACGAGCCACUUCAAAUGUGUUUGCUAUGUUCGAUCAGGCGCAAAUUGCCGAAUUUAAAGAAGCAUUUAAUAUGAUUGAUCAAAAUAGAGAUGGAUUCGUGGAAAAGGAAGACCUACAUGACAUGUUGGCAUCCCUGGGUAAAAAUCCCACAGAUGAAUAUCUAGAAGCUAUGAUGAACGAAGCACCAGGUCCUAUAAACUUCACCAUGUUCCUGACUUUGUUUGGAGAACGCCUACAAGGAACGGAUCCAGAAGAUGUAAUAAAAAAUGCGUUUGGUUGUUUUGAUGAAGAGAAUACAGGAGUAUUGCCUGAAGAUCGUUUGCGUGAGCUUUUAACAACCAUGGGAGAUCGUUUUACGGAUGAAGAU